AUGGAAAACUCCUCCAAGGACAAAAAAACGGCCACGGGACCGAAAAAGAAGAGAGAACCAGGCAAGCGCUGCGCGGUUAUGUUUUGUAACAACACCAACAAAGACGGAGUAAGUCUCCACCAGUUUCCCACCGAUGAACCCUUUCGGCGCCAGUGGAUCGCUUUUGUCUUAGCAAAGAGGACCGACGACUGGACGCCGGGAUCUGGUAAUAUUUGCAGUUCCCAUUUUACGCCAGACUGUUUUGAAGGAAUGGGUGCGAAACUCGCAGGGUUUGCUAAGAAGGCUUAUCUGAAGAAGACGGCCAUCCCAACAAUUCAGGCCAAUCCCACCCCUGAACAAAUCCAGGAAGCGCGCUCUCUUAAGAGAAAACGUCCAUCUGCGGCAACGCGAGGUGAUUCAAAGCGGCAAGUUCAACAAAAGGGGGAAAUAACGCCAAAAAGUCGUCCAAAAAAGUCUAGUCGAGCCUUGUCUAAACUUACCGCUCAUAGGGUGAGUAUUAAUUUUGUGUUUUUUGUUUAGAUACCUUGGCAUGAAUAAAAACUUUCUAAAAUAUCAUCAAGAUAAACGAUCAUGAUCAAAACGCAACAGUGUGCCUUCAAGAUACAAUAAUACAAUUUACUGAAAUCAGGCAAAAGAUUAUGGAGCACAUGCACCAACAGAAAACUGAAAAAAAAAAUUCUUUGUUUAUGAUAGCUAGUGGCAGAUUAUAGGAAGACGCGAGAAAAAGAAAAGACCACUGAUAAAGUACCGGGACCAUCCCCAAGUGACAACAGACAACCACCAAGUAACAAUCAACCUGAAGUUCCCGAAACAACGGAUCUGGCACAGCCCUCAACGAGUGCAUCUGGUGACACUUCGUGUUUAGAGACUGGUGCAGGGCAAGAAGAAGGAAGUCAGGCUCGGGAGUUUCAAACGGCUAACAAGGGAACUCAGAAAGGACUCCGCCGCCCAAUCUGUCGCAGCAAAGGUAGACUUUAAUCUUAAUUAUAUCUUGAAAAAUAAGUGUGUUUACAAAGGGUUUAGCCAUCUUUUCAAACAUUCUUUGCGAUGCGACUAUCUUUGGUGAUUAAGGUUUUUAAUCAUAGGUACCCAGAUUUCUCCAAAGUCCAACACAACGGUGGAAAAUGGGUCACAGUGCAACAUAGCAGAACUUCCUCCGUUAAAACUGCUCUCAACUUUACGUAAGGAGGCAGAAAAUCAAACAGAGUAUACACUUACGCCGGAGCUACCCGCGUCGUUUGAAGACGAGUUGUUUGAAGACGUUGACGUUGAUGAUGAAGAGUACAAUCCCUACUUAACAUCCGACGAAGAUCAAGACGAAGGUGGUAGUGAAGAUGAAAAAGAAUCUGGAAAGUCAAAACGGUAAAAAAAAGUAAAGAUGAACUAUUUACACAAGCCGUUGAUGAGUUUCAUAAGCUACAGUAACGCCGGCUUGAUUUAAACUCCGCACCACUCUAUAUCCCUCCUUUUUAACAUAUCCGCCCAAAGAAACAACUAUAACCCCUAUUUCUAUACUCUCCGUUUAAUAUACUGAAUGUUUCAUUCUUGUUGUUGCUAAUAUUAUGCAGAUCUAUUGGAGAAACGCAAAAGUUGAAGCCACAUGAGGAAAGGAAAUUUAUUGUCUUCGAAACAAAUCUGUUGAGCUUGUUUGCUUGUUGCCCCAUCUGUGCUGGCCACGCAGAGGCUAAAAUUUCGAAAGAAAUCGGGACUAUGAUUCAGGUCCACUAUCACUGUACGGAAGAAAAUUGUCAGUUCAGCAAUGUGUGGUGCAGCCAGCCGUUUUCUAAUGGAAAGAUGCCAGUUGGGAACUUGUUGCUUUCUUCUUCAAUUCUUUUAACGGGUAAGUCUCCCUAUUGUUAUCUUUUUUUUUAGUUGCGUUCUAGGCGUGGUCCGUUGAAGACCUAAAGACAGGAGAUGCGGCUACUUAAUGGUCUUGAACAAAAUGAACAGAGUAUGACAAAUCUGUAACUAGUUCCUGCAGUAGAAAGUUCAAUAGGGUGAAGGUCGUUGUAUUUUUUUUCCUUUCGUCACAGGAAAUUCUGCCGCUAAAACCUUACGGAUGUUUAAUAUUAUGAACGUGGCGUGCAUAUCAGAGAGGACAUACUACCGUCACAUCAAAUCGUACGUAAAUCCCACUAUUAUACAGCAGUGGAAAGCACAUCAACAGCAGCUCUUCAAUAGUCUUAGCAGUCAGGACAACGGACUGGUUCUGGCUGGCGAUGGAAGGUGCGAUUCCCCUGGUUACUCCGCGAAAUUCGGUUCCUACACGUUACCCGAACAGCAAAAGAACAGGGUGUUGGACUUCCAACUAGUUCAGGUCAGUGAUUCUAGUAUCUAAUUCCAAUGUCUCCCACAUUUUUUAAAAAAUAACUAUGUGAUUUCCGGUGUUGAGGCAAAAUAAAAAUAUAUCGAAACGUUUGAUCCUUAUUAGAGCAACGAGGUGCGGAACAGUUCUUGGAUGGAACAUGAGGGUUUAAAACGGGCCAUUCAAGUCGUUUCUAAUGCCAGACUGCAUAUAGCGGAGAUCAUCACCGACAGACACAAGCAGAAUACCGCUUGGAUUCGAACGAAUUUGCCUGACUCUCGACACUAUUUUGACAUAUGGCAUGUGUCUAAAGGUAAUGAGGGCUAAAAAGUCAACCCCAAUAGUUUACUCGAGGUAACAAUCGCAUCCACACAAGGACUAAUUAACAAUUAGUUCAUGCAUCAGCGUGCGUAUGUCGAGAUAUUGAGCACGCGGGAAGUUUGGAGAGCACGAAAGAGGCGUAAGAGUUGCACGAGGCGCAGCCGAGUGCAACUCUAGCCUCUUGAGUGCUCUCCAAACUUCCCAAGUGCUCAAUACCUCGACAUACGCACUGCUGAAGCAUGAACUAAUUGUUUUAUAACAUUAUCAAAGCGAUCAAUGCAGCAGUUAACUUAAAAUUUUAUUAUUAUAGGGUGUGCUCAAAGCAAUACGCGUCAAUGUUUACGUCACUAUAUUUUUUUCCCUCACAGUUAAUCUUAUGUUUUUAUCCUGAAACUGGGAGAAAGUGUACUCUAAAAUGAUCGUAAAAUCCAUAUUUAGAUGCCAGAAAACUAUUAAUUUACUGAAAAAUUGUUAUUGAGAGAAAACAACUUUGCAAAGAAUGAUCUCACGCCACCGCACAGCUCGCGCGGAGAUGACAACAACAACAGCAACACUCACCUCUUUUCCUUACUAUCGGUUAACAAAUUCAAACGUUUCCUCUUAAAUUUCCUUAUAAAACACAUGAUAAACGCUUCAUUGUCUAUUGCUGAGUUAUGGAUGCACUCACGAGAUUCGGAUUGCUAAGCUCACAACAACUCGAGGAAUUAUGAAUAGUUUAUUGACGUCAUCAGCGUGCUCAAUAGGAAUAUGAAGCACGCUCGCGCUAUUGAAUUUGAUUAGGCGAAUUUUCUAGCUAUGUUAUAAAAUAGUUUGUAAUACAUUCUAUCCAGUUAAGCUCCAGUUGUCGCGUAUGGAAUAAUUCGUUUUCUGACAUAUAUGACCCUCAUUCUGAACAGGUUUAUGCAAAAAGAUUGACAAAUUAGCGAAAAAAAAAGAGUGUGAAGAUGUCGGUGAGUGGCGACAGUCUGUAUCAAAUCAUAUGUAUUGGUGUGCUGCCACGACACCAGAUGGUAAUGGGCGUAUGAUGCAGGAAAAAUGGAAAAUGUUACCCCUGCACAUCCAGAACAUUCACGUCAAUCAGAGCAGCGAACUCUACAAAGAAUGUGGACAUGGUGAACUAGAGGGAGAAGCAAGGGAUAGACUUUGGCUUCAACCAGGUUUGUAGACAAAAAAAAAAAUGACAUCCAGUAACUCCUCUAUUGCCAUCUCAAGUUAUAGAAUAGAAGGCUACAUUUUCUGUCAGAAUCAAGGAAAACCUUUUAAUUAGAAUAAGGCCAGUGUCAUUAACACUGCUUAUAGGACAGAAAAGGUGUCCACUUAUUCACUAAUCAGGAAAUUAAAAUGAACCACCCUAAAAAAAAAACGACAAAACGUUAUAACGUGACAAGAAAAAAGGCACAUAUAUACAAACAUUUACAAACAGUCACCUUUAUGUGCGGGAAUUUUGACUACAACUAGGUCCUCAAUUUCACAGGCUCAACUGCUGCUGUCAAGCUCGAGGAGCUGGUAACAAAGCCCCAACUGCUGAAGGACAUUUCUCAGCUGUCCCCUAAGUACCAGACUUCCGCCCUUGAAGCCAAACAUAGCCUUGAUCUACACUUCGUCCCAAAACAUACCGCUUUCUCGUACUGGGGGAUGUACACAAGGUUUGUGUCUCUAAUGGAUUAAUAGUUACCAUAAUAAACUUUUGAGAUUGGUCUAUUGUUUUCCUUUAAUUUUUCUUUUUCAGUAUUAUUUUCUUCUUCUAAGCUAUGGACUCUUCCCUUUUACUUAAAGUUAGCCUAAUGGUUCUUUCCCAUCCCCUCUAAAAAUAUGAACUUUUCAGACUGUGCCUUUCUGCUCUGCACUACAAUGAAAAUGCUGACAGGAUGCAAGCUGUAACUGUAGAUGGGAGACCACGCUAUGCCAUCAGGUUUCCUAAAGCCAAACACGGGGGAUACUCAGUGAGAGAAGUUAAAACAAAAGCAACCUAUGGUGGGUAAAUAGUUAUAACAUAGCCUGUGUAAGUCCCCCCUGCCUUGGUAAAAAAUGGAGAAGGGGCCCAUUGUCAGCUUUUUACUGAGGGGAGGGGGGUCUGUACACAGGAUAAAAAUUAAAUUGCUGUUCUGUAUUUUUUGAGAUCAUUUGUUAAGGCAACCAUUAUCUGCAGCCACAUUUGCUUAUGGUAAAAAUGAUUUUAACAUAGCACAGUAACCUGUGAAUUUCAUGGCACACAGAUAGAUAUGACAUCUAAAUGAAAACAUUUCAAUAACUAAACUUGAGGUUCACUCCUACAGUAUUACGUACCUUUUUAUUUUAGGUUAUUGCUCAAGUACCAUAACCAAAGUCUUUGCCGGCUAUGAAGACAAUUCAAGGGCCUUAAAGACCUACAUGUUGAACCUGCAAGUGAAUACCCCACCACCACUGGCUGCAUCCAUAGAGAGACCCAACGGAGAGGAGGCAAUAAAUUCUUUCAUUAGCAGAUACAAUCGUUCCAGCCUAGUCAACUAA